AUGGAAGAUUCGGCGGACCCGACGUCGUGGCUCCCGUCGCGCGAUUCCUCGUCUCUGAGCGAUAGUGAUAUCGAAAAGAAAGGUGCUGGGGCGUCGCCUGCCUCGUCGAGCGUUUCUGUGCAUGAACCAUACUCGGCGUUUAGCCAGAGCGCCAAAACCUUCCUGGUUGUAUGUGCGUCCGCCUCGGCGUUCAUGAGCCCGUUUGCGAUCAAUAUCUAUAUGCCAGCCGUGCCGAACAUAUCCAGUGCGCUGCAUAUAUCAGAGGGUGAGGCCCUGCUAUCUGUCACCAUGUACAUGAUCUUCCAGGGCCUCUCGCCGUCCCUGUGGGCGCCCCUGUCAGACACGUAUGGCCGGCGGCCCAUCUUGCUCUGCACGUUUCUUGUGUUCCUCAUCGCCAAUCUGGGCCUCUCGUUCGCCAACACGUACUGGCUCCUGCUCGUGCUGCGCAUGCUCCAGGCCUGUGGUGCGAGCAGUGCCAUUGCCAUCGGCGCCGGCUGCAUCUCCGACGUGUCGGAACAAAAGGAGCGCGGCUCGUACAUGGGCUACUUCCAGUGCGGCACGCUCCUAGGCCCCUCGAUCGGUCCGGUAAUUGGUGGAUUCAUGGCGCAGGCCUGGGAUUGGCACGCCGUCUUUUUCUUCCUCUCAGCCUUUGGCGGCGCGUACCUGCUGUUCCUUGUCCUCUUGCUGCCGGAGUCGCUGCGUGCGCUGGUCGGUCGAGGCGAUAAGGAGCCAGUGUCGAUAUGGCGCACCAUUGUCCCCCUGCGCCUCGUUCCCAAAGACAGCGAAAAGCGCGAGCCCAUGGCCCUGCCGCCCAAGUUGCACGUCCGCACCCUGGGGUUCGGCCGGCCCUGGUGCAUGUAUACCCGGCCGGACGUCGCGCUCAUGAUCGCCUGCUAUGCCAUCCCUUUUGGCGGCUUCACCGUCAUGAGCUCGACGCUCUCCACGAUCUUGUACGACCAUUACCAGUAUAAACCAUGGGAGAUGGGCCUCUGCUUUCUCUCAAUUGGCAUGGGCAGCGCCACGGGGAGCGUGGUCGGCGGCUGGCUCCUCGAUCGCGACUACGCACAUGCAUGGGAUAAGCACGGGCACGAGAUGAACCUGCACCACACACGCAUGAAGCACAUGGGCCGACUGAAUCUCGCCUUCUGCCUCCUAUUCAUUGCCAACGGCUGGCUGCUGGACCAGCGCAUUCACGUCGCGGCUCCUCUCGUACUCCAGUUUUUUGCGAGUAUGGCUGCCAUUAUGUACUAUAACUGUAUCAACACUCUCCUCGUGGACCUGGAUCCCGAGCGUGCCGCUUCCAUCACGGCGGCCCUAAACAUUGGGCGCUGCAUCACAGGCGCCGUGUUCGUCGCUGCCGUCCAGUACAUUGUCGAUGCGAUCGGCUAUGGCUGGACUAUGCUGCUCAUCGGUCUCCUAUGCGCACUCCUGCCCAUUCCCAUGCUCUGGGUCGUCACGCGACACGGCCCCAAGUGGAUGCAGCGGCGCCAAAAGGCCUCGAAUCUAUAG